AUGCCAGACCGUCCGUCGCGUUUUAAACCGCCUAUACAAGAUCUGGACGUGGUAGACUCCGCUGCCCCGUUCUCCAGAUUACAUCGCGACGUGUCAGUCAAGGAACCGGCCAGGGAGCCAGCAAUCUUGCCCUCAGGAUCAUCUGCCGAGGCAGAAGUCAUCGGAACCAACUUGUGUGAGGAAGCUGCAGCUACCGACAAGCCGCUGGAUACCAACAUCGAAGAAGAUCGAUCUGUCUUGGUUGGUCUCGCGAAUGCGCCAUCUGUUUACGAGAUCCCACGUUCAUCACCACCAGACCUCCGUCUAGCCUCUGUUAGCGGCGGCACACAAGGACUUCGCAACGGGCUUUCGAGCACUCGGAAACGGCGUCUACCAGUACAUGAGCUCGCUUUGCUGCGGACUACUACACUGGAUGGACUACCCCUACCGGGUGAUGUUACUCUCGACGUUGCUGCUCCCAUUGCGGUCGUGGACCCUAUCGAAGAUAGCCAAAUACGUCUUACAAAUACGUUGCACAUCUCCACUUCAGGCGGCGUCAUCAUCACGAAGAGUAGGCUGAUACCGAAGACAACACAACCGCCAGAUUCCGUCGGCCGUCCCAAGACCGAACCAAUGGCAAUGCGCACAGAGCCCCUGGAGAGACCCACGCAACUACCUGCUAACAUGCAGCGAUAUUGUCCAAACCUUCGAGAUGCUUUUGACGGGUUUGUCGGUUCCGAGCUAAAGCUCGUUCCCAAGAAAAGUGUCAACCGCCAAAGGAUCGCCAAUCCGACCAAGAGACAGAAGCCCGGUAUCAAGCGCGAACUAGUUCUACGAGCUGGGUCACCACCUUUAUCGGCGGGUUGGGCUACGACUACCGCAAAUGCUUUAGUUAACGUUCUACAGGCUGGCACAGAUGAUCGACAUGCCCCUGAACUGGGCGAUGAGACACUAUACGAGGAAGCUCACGAAGAAGAUCGUGACAACGAUGUUACUGCUGAGACUGGUCACUACCAGUCCAACCGAGUACCCACAUCUUGA